GUGUGCACAUCAGUGCCCCCCCAUCAGUGCCAACCAUCAGUGCUGCCCAGCAGUGCAACCCAUCAGUUCCGCCAGUCAGUGCCCAGCAGUGCCACCAGUCAGUGCCAUCACUCAGUGCCGCCUAUCAGUGCUGCCUAUCAGUGCUGCCUAUCAAUGCCCAUCAGUGCUACCUAUCUGUGCCACCUCAUCAGUGCCACCUAUCAGUGCCCAUCAGUGGCACCUAACAGUUCCCAUCAGUGCAGCCUCAUCAACGACAUCAAUGAAGGAGAAAAAUUACCUGUUUGUAAAAUUUUAUAA